UGUUAAUUAGUAUAAGUUAUAUUUAUUUAACGGUUUCAAAUCGAGAAAACUUUCAGGCUUUGGAGUUUUUUUGGUAGGUUUAUGAUUUUAUAGAUUUAAAUACACCUGUCAAAUAAUACCAAAACAUCAUAUUAUUAAGUUGCCGGCAAAAGUUAGGUCAUGUAUAAAAUUGUUAACGUUGGGGACAGAGAAAGCGGACGUGCACAUUGCAAUUUAGAUUAUGAAAUGCGAUACCGGACUUAAUUGUGCUUGUCUUUGUAAUCGGGUUAUUAAUAAAAUACAAACAUACAAACAUUACUGAUAUUAUAUAAAGAUUGCUAUCGAUUUACUAUUGUACUAUGCUAACGGUAAUAUUUACGUGGAAAUCGAUGACUAUGCAUGCUUAUACAAUAAAGACAUAUCAUUUGUUAUUUGACCACAUAUAUACUUGUUUUACGUUUGUCAUUUUUUUCAUUGCGAUUAUAGUUGCAUAUAUAUUGGUACAGAACAAAAAGAUGGGAGUGUCUGAUACCGGUUCAUCCGCUACUCCUGAACUACCAGUCCACGAUAUCGAUCGGCCAGGGUCGGGUAGUGGAGUCGAUGACGAAGACAUCCCGAGGAGGAAACAGAGGAGGUACAGAACGACCUUCACCAGCUACCAACUAGAUGAACUGGAGAAAGCCUUCGGAAGAACUCACUAUCCAGAUGUUUUUACAAGGGAGGAAUUGGCUCUCAAAAUUGGCCUCACUGAAGCAAGAAUACAGGUGUGGUUUCAAAACCGGAGAGCAAAAUGGCGCAAGCAAGAAAAGGUGGGUCCCCACGCUCAUCCCUACGGCGGAUACUUGGGAGGACAGCCUUUGCCCACAGCCGCAAUGCCAGUAUCGCCACACUCACUGACACAACUUGGCUUCGGAUUGAGGAAGCCUUUCGACAGCUCCUUGGCUACAUUCAGGUAUGCCAGUAGUCCACUGUUUGGGACGCAAUACCUACCACCGCUGACCCGGCCUCAUCUAUUCGGUGCUCCGUUGUACGCCACCUCGCCAGCUCAUUUUCAUUCUCUUUUCGCUAACCUAACCGCACCAGAACCACCGCGCGCAUCACCCGAACAUUCCCGAUUAUCCCCCGAAGUCACCCGAUCUCCAUCUCUUUCUCCCCCCAUCUCCCCCGGUAGUGAAACUCUCCCCCACGUUGAAGAUGUUAGAAGUUCCAGUAUAGCAGCCUUAAGGCUAGCUGCGAGAGAACACGAAUUAAGAUUAGAACUGUUGCGGCAAAGAGCCGAUUUAAUUUGUUAGAAUAUGUUAUGAAAUAAAAUGUAAAUAUUUAGAUGUAGGUAAUUAUUUUUAUUAUAUAUUAGUUUAAUUUAAUUUUUCAUAUUAAAAAUUGAAAAUAAAAUGACGGCAUUGCAUGCGUUUCUAAAGGUUAAACAUUGUUUCUCUCGUGUAGAUUAUUGUUAUAAAAUACAGUGGUUGUUUUUGUACUGGUAUCUUCUAUUACUUUAAGAUGUACACUAACAGUUUUAUGUAUAAAAUAAAGUAUUUUAGAAAAUUAAACAUUUUUUUAAGCAUGAA